GGAAAUUACUGGAGGACAUGGUGGUGAAGUACAACACGGAAAUGACGAAAGCAAUCGAGAAAGUCUGCCUCAGAGGGUCCGAGAUGGAUCCCAUGGAAGAAAGAAAUGAAAAAACUACAGGAACAAGCUUAAUGAGCAUCCACGAUGCAGUAAUGGAAAAUGUUCACAACGAAUUGAACAAGCAGAUCGGGUUCUUAGGAUGGGAUGGAGACAAUAAAGAUAAUCCAACUCUUAUCUUGGAUUUUAAUGAAAGAAUAGUUAAGAGGGAUAAUCAAGGUCAAGAGAAUAGCAUCGUCGUCGGUGGGGAACUGCUACGAUACCUCCAGGAGAACCGUGACAGGUCUCGUUGUUUCUGUGAGAAGGUAUUCAAGAAACUCCUAGAUGAAUUGAAAAACCGCCUUAGCCCAAUACCAGAUGACUACACAGAGAAAACCUUAGAAGCAGACUUAGACCAGCUUAAGAAGUCUUACCUGCAGCAGGCUAUAGGGCCCAUGAAGUUGGACGUGCUGCAAGAGAGGUGGGAAUCAUCCGAUAUGACUGGAUUCUUUCAAAUGUGCAAGGCAAUCAAAGGAUUUCAAUUAAAAGUGGCUGAAGCUACGAGGAAACAAGAAGCCUUAGAAAUGGAGUCUGAAAAACAGCAGCGCGAUCUGCAAAACCUUCGCGAGGAAUCUGAGAGGCAGAAGACUGAGCAUGAAAAAGCAAUAAAGGACAUAGAAAAGAAUCACAAAGACUCUCUCGAAAAACUGCAAAAAAGCCAGGACAAGGAGAGGAUUAAAUUCGAGAAGAAAAUGAAAGACCUAAAGAAAGCUAAUCAACAGGACAAAAUGGAGAUGAUGCAGGCUGCCCAAAAAAAGGCUGAAGAACAGGCAAUGAAUAAAGCACUAGAACUGCAACAGCAAUUAACGGAUGUGAAAGUGGGACAUGAACGUCAAUUGAGGGAGAAUCAAUUCCAAGCAGAACGUGAACUUCGAAAAGUGGAGGACUAUUCAAGAGACCUUAAAAAUCGUAAUAUUUUUAAAAGAUUUUUUAAUAUGGAUCCAUAAAAACAUGAUUUUAAGAGACAUCAACCAUAACAAUGAUGUUUAUGUAUAUGCUUAUCAAGUAUGCUUUUAUUUCAAUUUUCCAAUGCAAUUUAGCGUAAACCCCCAGGGAGUUAGGUCGAUCUAGAUGGAUCGAUCUAAAUCUACGGGAAUGUAGUCUUAGGUGCCCAUACAUAUUAUAUUUUUCAAGUGUGGAACCUUUAUACGAGAACCUACUAUAACCACAUUAUCUGUAUACCACGCAUGGUAUAGAAGUAUGGUACAUGUACAUGUAUUAAUAUUGCCUCAAAUUGUAUAUGAGACGAGUACUCAAGAAAAAGAAGUCAAUAACGGGUGACCCUGGUCACCCAGCGAAUAGUUUACUUAUGCCUAUGUUAUCAAAUCGACUACAGUCAUUAAAGACUACUGCCACAGGCACUAAAAAUAGCUUUUACCCAUCAGCUGUACGUAUUUUUAAUGAGAAAAGUGAAUUUUAAUUAUUUUAUUGUAUUUUAUUUUAUCUACAGAUCAUAUCAAUUUUCUUUUUAUACCUGUACUUUUACACUGUAAUAAGUGUUUGGCAUUAAGACACACACAACACACGUUAGGCACCUAAACGCAUUUAGAAAUAUGUGUAAAAGCUGAACACAUAGCUUUUGAAGCUUCCCACAAAAGAAAAUGCUAGACAUGUUUAGCAGUGUUAAACGUUUACUUAUGUGUUUAGUUUCAAGGGUAUAUGAUUCUAUAAUAAGUUUAUCACAAGGCUAAGCACAUUGGCUAAGCACUUUCCCUGCUAAGCGCGUGGAGCUGCUAAACAUAUGGAGCUGCUAAACGCUGCUGAACAACAAGUUUGGCUUUUCAAGCUUCUCACAGAAGAAAAUGCUUAACAUAUUUAGCGGUAAUUCACUUUUAGCUAUGUGAUUAGCUUCACCGGUAUAUGAUCCUGCUCGAACACUUUGUGUCCUACCUUGCAGUAACUUGUGAUUAUUUUAAAAUAGGCCUAUUAUGUAAUCAGAUAACAAAUAACGUUUUCAUGACGUUAUCGGAUGGUUACAUACUGGCUAUGGUACAGAAUAACAUUAUCAUAACGCUAUGGUAAUGUUAUGCGUUAUGCGUUAAACUCCAUGCAAAAUAUUGUCCCAGCUGACAAAAAAUAAAUAAAUAAAUAAAUAAAAACAGUAAGUUAACGAUAUAAUUGUUGUAAAGUUAAUUAAUUACGUUUACACUAAUUACAAUUAGUAAUGAAAGGGAAAUCAAAUAGAUGAAAAGUUAGAGUGAUAUUGAGUGCAAAUUAAGUUUCAUCGAGUGUCAACAAGUGUAGAACAUGUUUUUAAUGUCAGAAAAAGAUGGAAAAGGUCAAAGCCAAUAACAUUUAAUGUGAUCGGUUAAUUUCAUAACAGAUUUCGAUUUUGAUUCACUGUAAUGCCAAUAGUAUUUUGGAUGAGUUUAGUUGAAAACAAGACUCUUAGACAUUACCUAAUAAGGGAAUGUUCUAUGGUAAAGUAAACAUGACAAUGGAAAGUUUCUGGAAAUCACGCCAUAAACAAUAAAAAGAACAUAAUUACACGCGUGAUCAGUACAGAGAAUUAGAGUAUAAAUAUGGGUAAAUUUGUAUGAAAAUUAAGUGGUGAAUAAAUGAUUGAAGACUC